AUUGAUGGAGGUUCAGAGAAGAAGACUUGAGAUUCUUUACCAAAUUUUGAUAUAUUUUAGCUUUCUUGGAAGUGCAUUCUCAUCGUUAAAAGAUGUAACAAGUAGCAUUGGACUUGGUGGGGAUAAUUUAGGCAGCCUGGCUGCAUUUGGGGAUUUCAAUGCAGACAAAGAGGCUGACCUGUUUUAUAUAAAUAAUAGCAAAGACAAGAGCAAAGCAGAAGUUUAUUUGUAUGAGUCAAAAAAUGAUGAGUUUCAGAAGACAUCACAGGCAACUAUUACACUUGAGCAAGUUUUCAUAACCAAUGUAAUACCAGGAGACUUCAAUAGUGAUGGACAUCUUGAUGCUUUAGUUUCUUAUUACAACACAACAUUAUCAUCUUACUCAAAUGAAACAUUUGUAAAAGUAUACCUGGGAAGGGACAACCAAUUUGAUUUAAAAAAUGUUAUUGAUCUGGGUGAUGCAUUGAAAGAUCAGCCAGCCAUUGUGGAUUUCAAUGGAGAUCUUCAACCUGACCUACUAGCAGAGAAGAUAUCUGAUGGUGAACGAUAUUGGUGGAAAUAUAAUUCUGAGAAAAACUUGUUUUCAAGUGAAUCGUUCAACAGCACUGUUAAGAGGUUACCAUUGACUAGACCACAUUCCUGUGCUUUCCUGGAUGUCAAUGGCGAUUACGCAGCAGACAUGGUCCUGACCACUAAAGAUCCGUCUUCCCAAUUAGUGAAAUAUGAAGUUUGGUUAAACAAGGAUGGCAUUCUUACCACUGAGGAUAAAGAAGUGUAUUCUCAGCCUAAAAAGGUGUUGCAAGUGGUUGGACAGUCCACUUUUGCUGAUAUUGAUUCAGAUGGAAUUGCUGAUCAUAUUCUGCCAGUGUGUUCUGAUAACAAAUGCAAAAAGAGUGAAGUGUAUGUAUAUUCACGAGCUAAAAACAAGUGGAGCCUAAUAUUACAAAAUUUAAUAAUUGAUGGUGAAUGGAGAUUUGUCAAAGAUGAACCUGGUGACAGCAUUCCUUUGAUGACCAUCCGUAUUGGUGAUUAUAACAUGGAUGGAUUUCCAGAUGCAGCUAUGGUUGUGGAGGUGAAGAUUGAGCAGAAAGGAGAUAUUUAUGAAAGAAAAGUUAUUCUGUUGGAGAAUGUUGAGUGUAGUGGUGGAGAUACAUGCUACAAUGGUCGGACAUUUAGUUUUGAUAGGUCUCUUUAUUCCAUUGACAAUCCAGUUAUUGUCGGGUUCCUAGAUCUUUACGACAAUGGUGUUCUUGAUCUCAUGGUGGUCAGUUUUGACGCGACAACCAAUACUUAUAAGACUCAUGCAAUCCAGAACAACGUCUAUUCUGACACCUGUUUCCUCAAAGUCAUUGUUCUUGGUGGCUCGUGUUAUUCUGACUGUCCCAGCGGUGUUACGCCUUACGGUGUGAAUCAAGCUGGUCCAUUUGUGAAAUACGUGACCACAGGUCUCCACGGAGACACAAAGGAAGCCAGUGCCACUCAACUAUCUCAAGCGGCAUAUUUUGCCCUGCAACCCCCCUACACAGUAUUUGGCCUCGGCAGGACUCCAAACUUUGUGGAAGAACUGACUGUAGGUCUACCACGAAGCUCUUCUUCGCCUGAACGAAAGCACACUUGGACAUCAAUCAUUCCUAAUUCUCAAGUUAUAAUUAUACCUUAUCCACCUGACGACCCUGGCGCAUGGAAAUCCGUGUUGCUUGUCACUCCGAGCAAACUGGUCUUGUUGACUGGAGCCGCUCUGCUUGCAACUUGUGUUUUCAUUGGAGCUUUAGUCGGGAUUUUACAUUGGAAAGAAAAGAAAGAGGAUCGUCGAGAGAAACAGGAAGCCGCUCAUAAGUUUCAUUUUGAUGCAAUGUAACGACAGAACGAGAUUUGCAACAAGUGUCGUGUCGUUUUCACUGAUGACUGCAAGAUCUAACAUGAACAUUUAUAAAUGAUAACUCAUAACAUCUGCACGCAUAUAGUCUCUUGUGGUGCUGUUAGAACUGAGGGUCCGGGUGUUCAAGACCUGUAUAUUGUAAUAACCUUGUAGUUCAAAUGGUUUCUUAUAGAUCAUUGUAAAUUUUAUUUAAAAGUCGCCCCAAACUGGCGAAAAUAUUUUGUCACCUUAUUUAUUAGCUUGUAGAACAAUCACUUCGAAUCAAUUUCACACCCCACGAAAAAUUUUCCAGAAAGCUUAGCUGAAGAAAUACUUAGUUGUAAAUAUUCUCCGGAAUGCAUUUUUCAAACUUAUUAAAAAGUUAACAGAAACUGCACAGAAGCUAGUUUUGUUUAUUCAUUGUCAAUUGUGCAUUGUAUCAUAUGGAUUGAGAAAUCUAAAAGCCGAGUUGAUUUUGUGCAAAUAUUUGGAGUGGUGAUAACACGAGAGCUAUCAGCUGAGCUAAAGACCUCGCGAGGCCCCCGAAAACCAUCCGCAUACGUGAAAGACAUGCCUCUCGAGGCGAAUUCCCCACGAAAA